UAGCCUCUUACGUAAUGCAUUAACUUUUUUCCCUUUUCUUCCUCGUUUCGCUGUCGAUCAAAUCAUUUAUCAGCCCUAAUCUGCGGUUUUGUCUCCAUCUCCAUCUCUUCCUCUCGCCGUCUGUUACUCAUCGGGAAUUAUCCGGUUGGUCGAAUCCUCAGUCGCGAUCUCGGCAACUACGUCAACGGACAUGGCGGCUGCAGCUACAACGAGCGUUGUGCCGCCGAAUCGUCGGCGGACGGUUAACGCGCCGGAAGACAAGUUGGAAUUCGAGACGACGGAGGGGGUUGAGCCGAUCUUGACUUUCGAUCAGAUGGGCAUUAAGGAUGACCUUCUCCGUGGAAUAUAUGCAUACGGUUUUGAAAAGCCCUCGGCCAUUCAGCAGAGAGCCGUGAGGCCGAUUAUUGAGGGUCGAGAUGUUAUUGCUCAGGCCCAAUCUGGAACUGGCAAGACCUCCAUGAUUGCCCUUACCGUUUGCCAGAUGGUUGAUACCUCCAGCAGAGAGGUGCAGGCCUUGAUCUUGUCCCCUACGAGAGAAUUGGCAACUCAGACAGCGAAGGUUAUAUUGGCAAUUGGCGACUACAUUAAUAUACAAGCACACGCAUGUAUUGGAGGCAAAAGUGUUGGUGAAGAUAUCAGAAAGCUCGAGUUUGGAGUUCAGGUUGUGUCGGGAACUCCUGGAAGAGUCUGUGACAUGAUCAAGAGAAGGACAUUGCGUACCAGAGCCAUUAAGUUAUUAGUUCUGGACGAGUCUGAUGAAAUGCUGAGCAGAGGGUUUAAAGACCAAAUUUAUGAUGUAUAUCGAUACCUCCCACCAGAACUUCAGGUUGUCUUGAUUUCUGCUACCCUUCCACAUGAAAUCCUGGAGAUGACGAACAAAUUUAUGACAGAUCCUGUGAGGAUUCUUGUCAAGCGUGAUGAGUUGACUUUAGAGGGUAUUAAGCAAUUCUUCGUUGCGGUUGAAAGGGAAGAGUGGAAAUUUGAUACCUUGUGUGAUCUUUAUGACACCUUGACCAUCACUCAAGCUGUAAUUUUCUGUAACACUAAGCGGAAGGUUGAAUGGUUGACUGAGAAGAUGCGAAGUAAUAACUUCACAGUUUCACAUAUGCAUGGGGACAUGCCUCAAAGGGAAAGAGAUGCGAUCAUGGGGGAGUUUCGAUCAGGAACUACCCGUGUCCUAAUUACUACUGAUGUUUGGGCACGAGGGCUUGAUGUUCAGCAGGUAUCACUAGUGAUCAAUUAUGACCUUCCAAACAAUCGAGAACUUUACAUCCACAGGAUAGGAAGGUCGGGUCGGUUUGGGCGCAAGGGUGUUGCUAUUAACUUUGUGAAAAGUGAUGACAUCAAGAUCCUGAGAGAUAUUGAGCAAUACUACAGUACCCAGAUUGAUGAAAUGCCCAUGAACGUUGCUGAUUUGAUUUAAACACUGCUUGAUGAUGCCUACUGUUGUAUGCUGUGUGGAAGAUUUGUGUUAAUAUUUGAUGCUCGCACUGGAGGUUGUCUUUAUAAGUGCCUUUUUUUAAUGGGUGAUAUGAUGUAGCGUAGGAAGAGAUUAACACAGCAACCUUUUUCUGAGUGGCUUGGAUGUGUCCAUAAAUUGUAUAAUACUUGCGAUUGUUUUUCCAUUUUUUCAAUGGGGAAGGGACUCGAGAUUAUAUUUUUGAUUGACUUGAAAUACAUUUUUCUGAUAUUAGUUGUGUUA